AUGGAACUCUUCGGUCAUUCUACCCCCCAAUCCGUCCUCCUCGAGUCCUUCCACCCGCCCCUCGGCCUCAACGUCGCUUGCUGCGUGCCCCACGUCGUGACGCCCGUUAGGGAGGAGAAGAUGUGGAGUUUCAGUGGCAAUUAUUUUAGGACCCAGAAUUCGGCGGUGCAGGAUGUGGUGAGAUGUCAUGGGCAAGCGUUUAUUUUUGUGGACACACGCCAAACUCCGCUGUUCAUCGUCCGUAACAAAGUCUUUCCGUUCCACGAGACACAGCUGAUCGAGGCCAUGGACGUCGGUUCCUCACACAUGACCGCCUCCUUCCACGGCCUCGCCUCCGCAAGCGCCGCAUCCUCCUCUCACGACCUCAUCGAACUCGAGAGUAAAGGGGACUGGUUCGAACGAUCCGCAAUAAUUACCCUCCUCAGCACCGAAAGCGUCAUCGGCCAGAUAUCGAGGAAGAUUUUGAAUAUGGGGUGGCUGCGCGGCAGCAGACUGGGCGUUGUGGAGGUACGGAACUACUUGGAGGAGGAGGGGAUCGGGACGUGGUCGCUCGGUCUACUGAGGUAG